CAGAGCUCGCGACGUCCUCCUGAGCACUCGCUGUGUACUGAGCGCACGGAACGGUACGCGCAGAUCGGAGCUCACGGAGAAGAGCGCGCGCGACCGACCGACCGACCCAACCCGACCCUGCCCUUCACUGCGGAGACGCAGCGCGCGGACGGUGAACGCGGACUACCAGCAUGUGAAUUGCACACGUGUGCGUGAGACGACUGCUGCUGCGGGGUCUGGAUUGUGUGGAUCGUCGGUGAGGACAACGCGACUGCUGCGUUCUGCUGUACCCGACGGGCUGGAAAACAAGCCAGAGCUGGGUGGGGGGGAGAUGUGUCGCAAUGGCAUUUUAAGGUGGUCGUGUGGAGAAUGCUAAUGUGAGCCUUGGUUCUGGGUGGCCUUGCCUCACUGCGGCAUUGGAACAGCACCAUCAAUUCCACACCCCAGAGGAAUAAUAAUAAGGACGCGCGGUGUAGACUGCAUCGUGUAGACUGGACUAGAGAGGUUUGUAAGGGUAACAUCAUAACAAGCCUCUGCCUGCCUUAUUUAUGACUGCCUCCAGGGCAGUCCCUGCUAAUUGAAGGGCUGCCGGCCUGCUAAAUCCAGCCCUGCCUCAAGAAAACGAAGCCAAAUAUUAAUUUCCAAAAUGGGCAACAGCUUUUCGAACAUAUCAGCGUUCCAGUCUCUCCACAUUGUGAUGCUCGGCCUAGACUCGGCUGGCAAGACCACCGUGCUGUACAGGCUCAAGUUCAACGAGUUCGUCAACACCGUGCCCACCAUCGGCUUCAACACCGAGAAGAUCAAGUUGAGCAACGGUGCCGCCAAGGGCAUCAGCUGCCACUUCUGGGAUGUGGGUGGCCAGGAGAAGCUGCGACCCCUCUGGAAGUCAUACAGUCGCUGCACGGAUGGCAUCAUCUACGUGGUGGACUCUGUGGAUGUGGAUCGCCUGGAGGAGGCUAAGACGGAGUUGCACAAGGUGACCAAGUUUGCGGAGAACCAGGGCACGCCAUUGUUGGUCAUCGCCAACAAGCAGGACCUGCCCAGGUCUCUACCAGUGGCCGACAUCGAGAAGCAGUUGGCACUGAGUGAACUAACACCAUCAACCUCGUACCACGUGCAGCCAGCUUGUGCCAUUAUUGGCGAGGGUCUGCACGAGGGCAUGGACAAGUUAUAUGAAAUGAUCGUGAAGCGGCGGAAGGCCCUCAAGCAGAAGAAGAAGCGAUAACAGCUGAGGACUACUGUGGGACCUUACUUUGGGUUGGGAACCCUUCAUCUAACCCUUCCCUUCCAAUCAUACCCUUCCCUCCUUCCCUUCACCCACCCUCUUCUUGAUCAUGCCUUUAUUUGUGCUUGUAGCCCUUGGGUAGCCUCUUGGGUAGGCCAGUGUUGGCCAUGCAACAUUGCACUGGUGACUGGUGACCUUGUUGACGUUGGGGGGGGGGGCGGUGCUUACUCUUCGCUUUGCGUCGAUGGCUUGAGAGGGGAACGCAUGGCUCGAGCCACGACAAAACAAACCCAAAAAAAACUAUGGAAACUGAAAUGAUUGAGAAACUGAACACUGAGGAAGACUUAACGUUAUGUGACGAAGGGCUGGUCCCUUUUUUUGCUGCUGUCAGUCCCCCUCCAUAAACAAGUAGCCUCGUUGUCACACUGAAAAUGGACUGAAGGAGUUCUCCUAUUUAAGCACUGUGAAAAAACUACAACGCUGCAGUUUUGGUUCAUGGAAUGCUUGAUUUUUUUUUCUUAUUUUUUUUUUUUACAGUCCUGUAAAGGCGUAUAUACUGUGUGCAUCACAAAAAAAAACAAUCCUCCAUGGAAACAGCUCCAGUUGACUGAUGUGAGCAUAAGUGUGAAUGUGAGUGUGUCAGAGUGAGACUGUGUUUACACCUGGUCACAUCAUGUGACUAGUAUCUGGAUUGGAUCCUGAUAAGAUUUUAACCACAUUCAUUUACAUUUAAUAGACUAAUGCUUCUCCAGUUAGACUAAAAUCUGAUUGCUGUGUGGGAAGAAAUAUCAACAUUUGGAAGUGGUUUUAUUGAUCUGAUUUGCAUCUGUUUUAAAUGAGUCUCACACCACCUUCUGAAGUAGUUUUAGUAAUCGGAUUUGUAUCUUUUUAAGUUAGUCUCAAACCACCUUCUGAUGUGGUUUUAGUGAUUGGGUUUGUAUUUGUUUUAAAUUGGUCUCAGACCAUUUGCUGAAGUACUUUGAGUGAUCUAAUUUUUAUCUCUUUUAAAUGCACCUCAGAUCAACUUCCUAGGUGGAUUGAUGUAAAUUUAAAAUUCAUCUCAGCUGACCUCCUGAAGUGGAUUAAGUGAUCAGAUUUGUAUCCAUUUUAAAUGAGUCUCAGACCAUCUUCUGAACUAGUUUUAGUGAUCAGAAUUGUAUCUAUUUUAAAUGCAGACUGGAUGCUUUUACAUUUUGGAUGCAUUUUUGUGUGGCUUGUUCUUAUCCAGAUACAAUCCUGAUACUCAAGAUGCAUGAAUUGAUCAGGUGUGAACGGGGUGUGAGAGUGAAUGUGAGAAGCUAAUGGUGGAUAGGUGGGUGGAUGGAUGCUGCAGUUCAGGCCUGCAUAAGAGAUAGCAGAUAGUGUUGGGUACGUAAAAAAGUCUCAUCCAAGCGCAUGGACUUUGGUGGUGUACACGCCCAGGCUUCUUAUGAAGACAUUAAAAGAACACUAGAUGUGGUGGACGAUGUCCCUCCCACAUCCAUAUGCUUGCAACGUGAUCCACCACUUAGCACUUUUUUCUUACCAAAACAGUAGAGUUCAACACUGUAUUGCAAAAAUCAGAUUAUUGUAUUACGCAAAGGUGAAUCCUGAAGUAUUUUUCAAUUAAAAUGUAAACAGAAA